CUUUUGGCUAAUCAACAGCUGAGAAAAUUUAAUUUAAUUUCUUUGAUUGUGGUUAAUUAGUUCUCGUCUGAUUUUCACCUUUGUUUUAUUUAAUUGUUUUACUUUAAUUGUGUGGGUUUAGGGGGUUCAAGUCUGUUUUCUAGUAAUUGUUUUCUUUUUCCAAAAGAAAUUAUCAUUACUAGUGAUGAAUUAAAAUUCUGUUCUCUUUUUUUAUUGAUUGUGUUUUUUUCUACUUGUUUUAACUAAUUAAUAUUUAGUUAAUUGUUGAGCUGUUGUUACUUUUAAUUCACCUGCAAGGAGAAUUUAUAUCAAGUUACUGAUUAACUUGAUUUAUUUUUAACCUGUUUUGUUGAUUUGUAAAGUUUUUAAUUCAACUGCUUCCAACAAGUCAUGUUACAUUCUCGAACUGUAAUUGGAUUGAGUCGUCAACUGAUGUUCCAAUCAUCGACAACCAUUGCUGAUGGUAAACCUAACGAUGGAAAUUUAGUUGUCAGGCCUUUGUCCACUUCCACGAUGGCCAAUGUUAAAUCGUUGAAUGAUAUGCCCUCAAUAUCAGCUCUUCCCUUCAUUGGGACUAUCCAUCAUUAUAUUAAAGCCUUUGGUGGUCAUGAUCAAACCAAAAUUCAUGAAAUAUCCCAGCAAAGGUUAGAUAAAUAUGGGCCAAUCUAUUGUGAGGAUCUGCGGAUCUUAAGAGCCGCUGGUAAAUAUGCCGUUUGGUUGAAUGAUGCUGAUGAUAUAGAAAAAGUUUAUCGAUCUGGUGGUAAGUAUCCUGUUCGUGGUGGUUUUGAUCCACUUGAAAUUUAUCGGAAAACUCGAACUGAUGUUUACAAAGCUCUUGGACUACUUGUACUUAAUGGAACUGAUUGGCAUUCAUUCCGUUCCAAAGUUCAACCAGUUCUAUUGCAACCAAGAAUCAUGAACAAUUAUAGUUCGUCAAUCUCUUCGUUUGCUGAAGAAAUGAUUAAUGUGAUUCGUGAUUUACGGGACAAUCAAACAAUGGAAAUUGAAAAUUUUACUCCCGAAUUAUACAGAUAUACAUUAGAAUCUAUAGCUUAUGUGGGUUUAGAUGCUCGACUAAAUUGUUUAAGUGAUUAUGGUCCCACUCAGAGGGAAAUUGUGGACGCAGUGAGCGAAAUGUUUCAUUUGGAAGCUGAACUAAACGAAGCUGCUCUCUGGAGAAUCGUUGGUCGGCCUAUUGGUUCAAAAUGGGCUAGAUUCUUUGAGAUAAAUGAUCAUUUCACUAAAAUGGUUUUCGAUUAUGUUAGCGAAAAGUUGAAACAAAUUCUCGCCAAUCCAAUUAAACAAGAAGACGAAGAUCGAAGUGUCCUCGAACUAUUUCUUACUCGACCUAACUGUACACCAGAAGAUGCGGUCACCAUGGUCAUGGAUAUGUUUUUUGCUGGAAUCGAUACAACUGCUCAUCUGAUUGCGUUCACCCUUCACUAUUUAGCCAACAAUCCAGAAAUUCAGGAGAGAGUUUAUCAAGAAAUAAAGUCAUUAUCAAAUGGAACUGGAAAUCUUGACUCGGAUGGAUUAGCACAAUUAACUCUAUUAAAAGCUUGUGUCAAAGAGAGCUCUCGAUUAACUCCAGUCGUUCCUAUUUCCAUGAGAAUCAAUCAAGAACCAAUCAAUUUAUCCGGUUACUCGAUUCCUGCUCAUUGUUUCUUGGUCCUUAAUCACUAUGCUAUGGGUCGAAGAGCGGAAUAUUUUGACGAACCAUUGAAAUUUAAUCCUGAUCGAUGGGUUCGAGAGACUCGAGGAGACAACAAAGCUCAUCCGUUUACAGUUUUACCUUUCGGACAUGGACCUAGAAUGUGUAUCGGUCGACGAAUCGCUGAACUGGAAACACUCACCUUAUUGAGUAAAAUUGUUUUCAACUUCAAGACGAAAGCAAAAAGUUCAGAGUUGAAAACAUCUCUCAUGGUAAUCUCAUAUCCCGAUAAUCCAAUGGCCUUUUCCUUUCACAAUCGUAAUCAAAUCGACUAGUCAGAUUUCUUAAAUCAAUUGUAUGUACAAACUUAAUUAUUUUGAUCUGUAACAUAAAAUAUUUAUUUUUUUAAAAAUAGAUCAAGUCAAUUAUCAAAAUCAAAAACUAAUGUAUCUGAAUCAAUUGAAUUGUAGUAAAAUGUUAUUAAGUUUUAAUUGUCACCUAAA